AUGGAGGAGGAACGUCUUUUUGACGAAAGAGUUUCUAUUCGUGAUUCAGCUAGACCCCUUAAAAAAUAUGGGAGUACUUGCAACCAUAUGAAAAGGAAUGAAGAAUAUAUCAAGCAUGUCAUGGCCAAAGGUGAUACCCUGCAAGGGAUCGCCCUCAAAUAUGGUGUUACAAUGGAAAAGAUUAGAAGAGCGAACCGUUUGUUUGCGUCGGACAGUUUGUUUUUGAGAGAGUAUUUAUUGAUUCCUGUGACAAGAGACUCGCCUUUCUACGAAAAUGGUGAACGGGUUACAGAACUGGCUCCGCCGAAUCAUCGCGCCUCCAUAGCUGGCAUGCCUACAAGGGACUUUUCUCCAGGUAGCCCUGACGAGAAAAAAAGUUUUGAUGAGUUUCUCAAUAGACUGGACUCGUCUCUAGCAGAUAUUAAGAAGCACGUAGAAAAAUCUAAGGAAACUAGCGAAUUCGGAAAAGACCUUGAAGACGGUUUUGUGCGCCACCGGCCGCAAGCUCGUCUACGACAAUCGGCUUCCAUGACGGCUUCGACGUCAUACAACGAGGUGAUACCGCCUCCGCUGCCUCCUCCACCCGCGGCUUUGACUCAAGGGCUUGUAGCGGCCGAGACAGCGCAGGUAUGUGCGGUUACAAUAAACGCGAUGCUCCUGCGCAGUGUUGACGUCACAGCGGUCGGCAGCGAUCACGAGCGCGAUCGUGCGGUCCCGCCGUUGAUCGUACGGCCGGAAAACUCAAGUACAGUCGGUGAGUGGGUGAGGCAACUACGUGUGAUAUUCUUUACUUUAUAG